ACCGUGUUCGCACGCGGGUCAUUGAAGUUAAGUUAUUUGCGUAAUCGUGUGUCAAACGAAAAAUAUAAAAACGCUUAAAAAGUUAAGUUUUAAAACACUUUGGCUGAGCUGUUGCGUUCGUUCAGCCUGAAAAAGGCGGGACACUGUUAUUUUUUUCCAAUUUGUUUUUUAUAGCUUACACAACUUUCGCCUAAGUAGGUGUAAUUACGGCUAAAACAACAGUAACAAUUUUACUAUUAGGCGAACGGUCUAUACAGCCGCCAAUGGUCAGUCUUUCAAAAUGUCUCCUACAGUGAAGACGUUUUUGUGCUACUUACGUAUAAUACUUGAUAAAAUGAUAGACUAUGUCUUCUCUCUUUACUGGGAGAAAAAGAAAGAAAAAGUGCCGGAUUUAGAUGAGAAGUAUGCGUUCCUUGCGGAUAGUGCCACGACCCUGGCGAAGAAGAUCAGAGAUAAGCAGCUGAAGUCAGAAGAUUUGGUGCGCGCUGUUAUUGAACGGAUAAAACAGGUGAACCCGAUCAUCAAUGCGGUGGCAGAAGACAGAUACCUGGCUGCCUUGGACGAGGCUCGGGAGGUGGACAGGAUGAUCGAAGCAGGCCUCUCUGAGGAGGAGGCGAGGAAGAAACCAUUCCUGGGUGUCCCAUUCACAACGAAGGAGUCACAAGCUCUGAAAGGCAUGAAGUACACCAUGGGUCUGUGGCGGCGGCGGCGCGAGGUGGCUGCUGAGGACAGCGAGGCCGUGGUCAGGUUGAAGGUGGCAGGCGCCAUCCCCAUCGCCACCACCAACCUGCCCGAACUACUCAUUUGGCAAGAAACCCGGAACCCGGUAUACGGCAUGACAAACAACCCUCACCACUCCGGGCGCACUCCCGGAGGCUCCAGCGGUGCUGAAGCGGCCCUCACUGCCACCUACGCGUCUACCAUCAGCUUGUGCUCGGACGUGGGUGGGUCGACGCGCAUGCCCGCUUUCUACUGUGGCAUGUUUGGGUACCACCCCACCGCUGGAGCUACCAAUUUAAGAGGAGUAUUCUUCCGCAAGGGCGGUGAGGAGUCGAUGUUCGCUCUAGGCUUCAUCUCCAAGCACGUGGAAGACCUGGCGCCGCUGAUGACGGUGGUCGCUGGAGACAAGGCUGCCUCGCUCAAGUUGGACAGAGACGUCAAUGUUAAGGACAUCAAGUUUUACUACAUGGAGGGCAGUAAGGACUGCCUCGUCAGUCCACUCAGCCCUGGCAUGACGGCAGCUAUGAACAGGGUGGUAACCAAGAUCAGCCAAGACCUGACGUCGACGGGGAGCGGGCCGGAGAAGUACCAUCAUGAGGGUCUGGACCACAUGUACCGGUUGUGGUACCACUGGAUGAGCAAGGAGCCUGACAACUACGCCAGCUUGUACAACAACGGGGGCUCAGAAGCCAAAGGCUGGGUGGAGUUAUGUAAAAAGCUGGUGGGUCUGAGCAACCACUGCUUCUUCACAAUAAUGCGGCUGUUGGAGCUGCAGAUGAUGCCACAAGUGGACGCCGCCUGGGCUGAGGAGCUCUCCGCGAAACUCAAGCAGGAUAUUUAUGCUAAGCUGGGAGACAGCGGAGUCCUACUGAUGCCCAGCGCGCCUUACGCGGCGCCCUACCACUACACCAGCGUGCUACGCCCCUACAACUUCGCUUACUGGGCCAUCGUCAAUGUGCUCAAGUGUCCGGCUGUGCAGGUACCUCUCGGCGUCAACAGCCAAGGCCUCCCCAUCGGCAUCCAAGUUGUGGCGGCUCCAAACAACGACGGCCUGUGCCUGGCUGUCGCCAAGUACUUGGAAAAAGAAUUCGGAGGAGCUGUCAUGGCGUGCCGGAUAAAGGCGAAGUGAUUGUCAACGAUUUUGAAAGAGGGUAGAUUAAAUACUUUAGAGUUAAAUGAGAUAGACGUUGCGAAGCGCCAAAUGUAAAAUCGGGACGUAAAUGGGGAUAUGUAAGUAUAGUAUACGCGCCAGGAAAAAUGUCCCGCGGAUUUUAACGGAACAAAUAAAGAACUUUUCAGGCUCCGUUAACCAAAAAACAAUAUCUAUAGAUGGAGUUGUACAGCUUUAACGUGAUAAUUACCCAUGGUACAUAAGAGAACCAGCAGGCUUAGCACCGUAAACACGCGACUCUUUCUCGCCGCGACAGAGAUCAACUUUCUCUUUCUGUGCAGUACUGUGAGAGAGUGACGGGCUUACGGUAUGCUCAAAAGUGACAGCUGACAUUUCAAGGUUAGCCCAGCUGACGUCAUCCCACCCUGCGUUGCCAUUUUGUAAAAAAUAAAUUACCCACGACCAAUAUUUUUAUAUUUACUUUGCAAGGAAAUUUUGAACUUUUAGUAAUAGAUUUACUUACAGUUUUAAUGAUUUUUAUAUAUGUGACAAGUAAUAGUAAUUAUUUGAAUAAUAAAAUUUACGUCCUUGGAAUGUUGGAGAUACCAAUUUAAUGCUUACACAGUGGUAAAAAUUACGUCAUUAAAGGGCUAGCAAUGGUGGCUUGUCAUAGGAUCAAUCCUAUGACAAGCCACCAUUGCUAGCCCUUAACAAUUAGCACACCUGUUCGUCUUAUACCAUAAUAAUUACCUAUUCUCUCAUUACUCGGGGACAUAAGUAUUCCAAAAUACGAUGUAUUGGCAGAAGCAUAGACUACAGCUGUUAUCAUACCGGAAUAUACUUACAGGGUGUCAAAAGGGUUAAGCAGAGUCCAUAGAUAGAACACCUGUGGUACCUGAAUCACCCUCAUGUGUUGUCACUAUAAUAUUUUAUAAAUACUUACUAUUUUUUGGCCUGCCGCUGAUACUACUACCUGGUAUUACUACCUUUACUACCAUACGGCUGGUAUUACUACCUUUACUACCAUACGGUAGUGCUUGCUGCUGACGCAUUGGUUUAUAUAAACGUGGAAAGAAUUGCUUCCUAUACCUCUAGACAAAUCAUCUGGAAUGGAUUGUAUGAGGCCUGUGGGGGGGGGGAGAUGGAUUUUUGGGCUAUUCUGUAUACCUACUCAUGUAAGGAUUCAUGUCCGGCAAAUGAUCAUGUCCUAUUUCCUUCAUUCGAAAUACUUAUUUUCUGGUUUCAUUGCAUGCUUUUAUUUGAUAAGAAUAAAACUUAAUUUAAUAUUGUACUUAAUAUUUUUUACUGUUUUAUUUUGGUUUUUGAAAAUAAAGCUUUUUAACUAA